AUGCAAAGAUCCGGCUAUGGCCCCGAUGGAAUAUACAGGUCCCCAAGACCUUCCCUGGAGCUCCCUCAAACCCCAAAUCUCUCCCUCGUCUCAUUCCUCUUCACAAACGUCUCCUCUUUCCCCAACAGAACCGCCCUUAUCGAUGCCGACUCUUCCCAAACCCUAUCCUUCUCUCAACUCAAAACACAAGUUGCUAAACUCGCACACGCUUUCCUCCACCUCGGCAUAAACAAAAACGACGUCGUCUUCCUUCUCUCCCCCCAACAACAUCCAAUUCCCUAUAUGCUUCCUCGCCGCCACCUCCAUCGGAGCAAUCGUCACCACCGCGAAUCCUCUUUACACCGCCGCGGAACUUUCCAAACAAUUCAAUGA